AUGUCGACAGCGAAGGCUACUCCUUCCUCGCCAGCACACGGCGAUACUUGCUCUUUCGCAAGGUCACUUGAUGGUGGCACCACAUCCCUAAAGGAGCUCCGAAACCAGAUUGCAGUUCAAUCUGGGAGACUCAUUCUUGUUAGCGAAAAGGAGUACAGAAAUGGCUACAGUGUGUUCUACCAGCCAGCAGCCAGCUCGGCCAGCAUCUGCAGAAAAUACUAUGGCGAAGUACUGCAGCGGUGGCAGCGUCGUCACAGUGGUAAUGACCGGACUUGCUCCGAACGCAAAUUGAUCGAGGCUGCUGCUCGUCGUGCCAUGCUUCGGCAAGCUGAACUCGAGAGACUGGCAAGGCAGAUGCAGCUCAUUGAAAAAGUUCAUGGGAAGAAACAGGAACUCUUCGAGCUUAAAUGUGCACAGGCACAACAGGCAAGCGGAAGAGACCGCACAAAAGUCCUCGAGGCGUGGCAGCGCCGGAUCGAGCAGCAGAAGGAACUGAAACAAAAGCUCCUCAAACAAGCAAAGAAAAGCGCGAGGUGCCGCGAAGAGCUGGAGCGCCGCGCAGUAGAGCUCCGCAACCGCAUUGAAGCCAGAGAGAAGCAGGCCUAUGCCUUGCGUUGCGAGCACCUCCAGAGGAUCCGCAGGAAAUGCGUGGCCACAGCAGAGAGAAGCAGCAUGGCUUCAACCGUAACAAGUGAGGACAGGCGUUCUAAAGGUGCCACCGGCGAGGGACCCUCGCUGUAUCUCCUCUCCCCCACCAACCCCCCUAGGAGGCAAGAUACAGCGUGCGAAGGGGCAAGUGCUACACAUCGUUUUUGUUUUGGUAGUUGGGCUCACACAGAACCAUCAACUGCCCAGUUGUCUUUCGUGCCGGCCUUCAAUAACUCUGUUUUUCCUGCCAAGGCCGGCGGUACUGCCCGCUGCUGA